AUGUCGAGUCUGUACUCGCUCUUUUGGGACGCUGGAGAUUGGUACUACACGUACACACGAGAUGCCAGCUCGGAGGAUUUCUCUGCCGACAGCAGUAUGAUCUUCGGCCGUUGUCCCCAGGACUUAGCGAGCACCGUCUCGUCUAGUACCCAAUCCUCUUCGCAACCGGCGUCAUCUACAAGCUCAGUGGCCCCACCAUCUACUACGACCUCAGCUACGCCCCCAGCAGCUUCCGAUUCCCGACUGCAAGGUGGCCCUAUCGCUGGUAUCGCUUUAGGAAGUACGACCUUCUUACUGCUCUUCAUCGGAGGUCUUUACUGCGUUUACCGGCGCUCAAGACGCUCUCUCGUCUCACCUGGGCCGGCACCUGGUAUCACGCCAUUUAUAUAUGAAGAAGCAUCGUCCUUUGGAGCGGAAUCUAUUCAAGCAGGCGCAGGAAGGAGACCUAUCUCAGGGAGCGUCGGAGAAUCAAACGGCCGUCGCACUACUGGAGACUUUUCCAACAUCGGGAGCUCGAGUACACACUCAGGCCAAGGUCGUCAUAUAACACCGGAAAAUCACGCUGGAACCUCGUCUAUUCUUACAUCGGAGGGGCACACUGUGGAGGAAAACGCAGGGUUACUUACGAACAUAGGAUUUUCCGAGCGCAGUCAUGGUCGGCGUCCGCUGCCGUCACAACCGUCAACGCGUCCGCCUCCAUCAUACCAUACAGCACCGUCCAGUUACGUGUCAUAG